AUGAACCCUGCUUCCUCCCGAGCCGCGGUGCGCUCUAUGGCCACCCUGACACAUGCGACCAGAGCUGCCAACCCCGCAGCCCGCAGCGUCCUGUCGGUUGCUGCUCGCUCCCCGGCCUUUGCUAGCCGGGCCCUGAGCUCCAAUAGCCGUCAGAUCGGCCAAUUCCCCCGCCUUCAGUUCCUCGCCAACAACAAGAGAGCCUUCAGCACCACCGUCACCAUGUCUUCCGGUUCUCGUACUGAGAGUGAUGCCUUCGGCGAAAUCCAGGUUCCUGCAGACAAGUACUGGGGUGCCCAGACCCAGCGCUCCCUGGGUAACUUCGACAUCAACCAGCCCCAGGACCGCAUGCCCGCCCCGGUGGUCAAGGCCUUCGGUAUCCUGAAGGGUGCUGCUGCCACUGUGAACAUGAAGUACGGUCUGGACCCCAAGAUCGGCGAGGCCAUCCAGAAGGCCGCUGCUGAGGUUGCCGAGGGCAAGCUGCUCGACCACUUCCCUCUGGUCGUCUGGCAGACCGGCUCUGGCACCCAGUCUAACAUGAACUCCAACGAGGUCAUCUCUAACCGUGCCAUUGAGAUCCUGGGUGGUACCAUGGGCUCCAAGACCCCCGUCCACCCUAACGACCACGUCAACAUGUCCGCCUCUUCCAACGACUCCUUCCCCACCGUCAUGCACAUUGCGGCCGUCCUGGAGCUCGAGAACACUCUGCUGCCUUCCCUGAAGAAGCUGCGCGAUGCGCUGCAGGUCAAGGUCGACAAAUUUCAGCAGAUCAUCAAGAUCGGCCGUACCCACUUGCAGGAUGCCACUCCCCUCACCCUGGGCCAGGAGUUCUCCGGCUACGUUGCUCAGCUUGACCGCAACAUCGAGCGCGUCGAGUCCAGCAUCCCCCACCUGCGUUUCCUCGCUCAGGGUGGUACCGCUGUCGGCACCGGCCUGAACACCUUCAAGGGCUUCGACGAGGCUGUUGCCGCCGAGAUCUCCAAGCUGACUGGCACCGAGUUCAAGACCGCCCCCAACAAGUUCGAGGUUCUGGCCGCCCACGAUUCCAUCGUUGAGGCCUCCGGUUCCCUGAACACUCUGGCCGCCUCUCUGUUCAAGAUUGCCCAGGAUAUCCGCUACCUCGGCUCCGGCCCCCGUUGCGGUCUGGGCGAGCUGAGCCUGCCCGAGAACGAGCCCGGCUCGUCCAUCAUGCCCGGCAAGGUUAACCCUACCCAGUGCGAGUCCCUCACCAUGGUCUGCUCCCAGGUCAUGGGUAACCACGUCGCCGCGACCAUUGGCGGCAUGAACGGCCAGUUCGAGUUGAAUGUCUUCAAGCCGGUCAUGAUCAGCAACUUGCUCCACAGCGUCCGUAUCCUGUCCGAUGGCAUGAACAGCUUCCGCCUCCACUUGGUCGAGGGUCUUGAGGCCAACGAGUCUCGCAUCAACGCUCUUCUGCACGAGAGUCUGAUGCUCGUGACCUGCCUGAACCCCGUCAUUGGCUACGACAUGGCCUCCAAGGUGGCCAAGAACGCCCACAAGAAGGGUCUCACCCUGAAGCAGAGUGCCAUGGAGCUCAAGGCCCUGAGCGAGGAGGACUUCGACAAGUACGUCCGCCCCGAGCUGAUGCUGGCUCCCAAGGAGAAGAAAUAG